AUGGGUGCUAAGAUAGACAGGACAAUAAACAAUGGGUCAUCCCCUCCAAUUUUCAGAAUCCAUGGUCAGAACUUCCAUCGUAUUGGUAGCCUGAUUCCACCAAAUGGGACCUAUCCGAAGUUUGCACAAUUGUAUAUUCAUGAUACUGAUAAUGAAAUUAAGAAUCGUAUUGCUUCUGUCAGGGAGAACAUAGCUACACAAGAUUUGCAUGCUGAGGUGGUGGAGGACAUUAAGGAGGUUUUAGACGGGAAUAAUGUGUUGGUUAAAUCAUUCCGUAUGGCCAAGGCAGAAAUUGAGAGAAAUCCACGUGUAGAGAUAAAAAUGAGAUUAAUUGGUAAGAGAACUAAAGAUGCAAGAACUUAUAACCUACCAACGACGUCAGAGGUUGCUGCACUUAUUGUUGGUGAUUUAGAUCCAUCCAUAGGCCACAGAGAUAUUUUGGUUGAGAGCAAUUCCGGGGUGCUUAAGCGAAUUACUGAAUUAAAUCCAUCAUACCUACCAUUGCAAUAUCCUAUUCUAUUUCCUUAUGGGGAAGAUGGAUAUAGAGAGGAUAUACAGUUUGCAACCAAUGGUUCUAACAACAACAAUGCAAGGCAACGUAUAUCUCAACGGGAGUAUUUUGCUUAUCGAUUACAUGAAAGGUUAGAAGAGAUUUCUACCAUAUUGUAUGCUCGGAGGUUAUUUCAACAAUUUAUAGUGGAUGCAUACACAAUGGUUGAAUCUGCCAGGCUUAUAUACAUAAGGACACACCAAAAAUCGCUGAGGUGCGAAGCUUUGAAAGGACUGACAGAUGCAUUGACGCGAGGUGAAGUACAAGCUAGCACCCAAGGAAAGCGAAUACUUUUACCAUCAAGUUUUACGGGCGGAGCAAGGUACAUGAUCCAGAAUUACCAGGAUGCAAUGGCCAUUUGUAGACACAUUGGUUACCCCAACCUAUUCAUAACGUUCACGUGUAAUCCAAAAUGGCCCGAAAUACAGCGGUACAUUACCAAGCGAAAUCUCAAUGCAGAAGAUCGUCCGGAUAUUUUAUGCCGUAUAUUCAAGAUGAAAUUGGAUUGUCUAAUAAAGGAAGUAAAGAAUGGUGAGCUUUUUGGUCCUGUGAAAUCAGUUAUUUACACCAUUGAAUUCCAAAAACGUGGACUACCGCAUGCACAUAUUCUAAUAUUCCUCAAGAACAAAGUUGACAUGACGAGUCCGACGUACAUGGAUUCAAUCAUAAAGGCUGAGGUACCAGACAAGACAAUGCAAAUGAAAUACUACAAUGCAGUCGAGGAAUUCAUGGUUCAUGGACCAUGUGGAAUCGCCAGAAGGAAUUCUCCGUGCAUGGUUAAUGGAAAGUGUUCAAAGCACUUCCCCAAACGAUUUGUAGCAGAGUCUAAGUUUGACCAGGAUGGGUAUCCAGUUUAUAUGCGUCGGGACAAUGGUAGAACAGUCAAGAAGAAUGGUAUAGAACUAGACAGCCGAUAUGUUGUCCCGCAUAAUAGAUAUUUGCUUUUGAGGUACAAGGCUCAUAUCAACGUAGAAUGGUGCAACCAGUCGAGAUCAAUCAAGUACCUCUUCAAGUAUGUCAACAAGGGUAAUGACCGUGUCACAGCAGAAUUCUACAAUAGUACCAUCGAUGAAAACGGUGAGGAGGUGGUGGAUGAGAUUAAUAUGUACUAUGAUUGUAGGUACGUUUCAGCAUGCGAGGCAGCCUGGCGACUAUUCAGUUUUGAGGUCCAAUAUCGGACACCGGCUGUUGAAAGAUUAAGCUUCCACCUUCCAGAUUGUCAGUCCAUUGUAUUCGCUGAUGAUGAAAAUAUUGAUAAUGUUUUAGGUCGUGAAACAGUGGGACAAAGUAUGUUCAAAGGAUGGUUCGAAGCCAAUAAGAAAUAUGAAGAUGCACGCUCAUUAACAUACAUUGAAAUGCCCAAUAAAUUUGUUUGGAAGAGAGAUAUUUGA